UUUGACAGAGAGGGUUCUCUAUUUCCUAUGUAUUACUUUUCUCUAUGUGAGAUACUGCCUUCACUUUGUUGUCGUUUUCCGUGCAUUUUCCAUUUAAUUUUCAGGUGGAUUUCAGUCUCGAAAAUACAAAGAAAUAUCCUUACGGCCAAAGGUCCUUACGGUCUCUUAAGGUUUGGUUUAACUUAACUCAGCUUAUCUCCGACUCCGAGUUCCAUUUUGACUACUAAGGACUUCGAUUGGACGUUCUUUCUUGAUCUAAUUUGACUACGUAUCUGGACUCCGACACUGCUGUUAAUCUUACUGACCAUUGGCUAACCCGUGGAACUUGCACUCAGCUUGCACGAAGACCCGGCUCGUGAAAAAGGACAUAAGACAUGCCUCCGCAUAAGUGCUCCUAUUUUAGGUGUACAAAUGUGUCAAAUAUGAAGUCAAUGUUCCGAUUCCCUUGGAAGGAACCAAAACGAUUAAAAUUAUGGUUAAAUAACUGUGAUAAAACAACCAUAUUUUUAGAAUGCUAGUUUUCUAGAUUUUUUGAUGUUAUGUCAAGUGGACCCGAAGUGCUCGGUGCGGUCCGGAGGCAUGGCAUCGAUCGUGCCAGACAGUGCAUCUGUGUACAAGGACGUCACAUCCAGCAGCUUAUGUAACAUGCAAUUAGCCAAUAUGGCAACUCAACGAUUGCGGGCUAGAUAUUUAUGUGUUGAUCAUUUCGACCAAAAACAUGUCCGCAACCAUAAAGGAGCCAGGACGACUCUUUUAAGGCACGCUAUUCCAGAACACUAUCAAAAUCAAUCUUUGCCAGGUGAAAAAAAACACACUGAAGAUACAAUACCGUUCAUCUUCUUUUGCGUGUCAUGCGCGACGUAUGUAUGCGACACGUGGCAGGACGAACUACACCAGCGUCACUACGUGGUCCGCGGGCCUAGAGGCUGCCCCAUGGUAUGCAAAUGACGUCCACUGCUGUAGGUACAAAGGC